ACAAUCACAAUUGAAAAGAUAUGGAAAUAACCUAAGUGCCCACCAAUUGAUGAGUGGAUAAAGAAGAUGUGGCGUGCAUGUACCAUGAGUACUACUCGGCCAUAAAGAGGAAUGAAACAAUAUCUUUUGCAGCAACGUGGAUAGAACUAGAGAUCAUUAUUCUAGGUGAAUUAUCUCAGGAAUGGAAACAAACAGCACAUGUUCUCACUAAUAAGUGGGAGCUAAAUGAUGGGUAAGAAGAGGUGUUAAGGACACUGGAAACCAAGAAGGGGGGUACAGGAGUGAGAGCUAAAAACUUACCCAUCAGGUACAAUGAACACUAUUCUGGUGGCAGGCACACUAAAAGCCAUAACUUCAGCAUUGAACAAUGCACCCAUGUAACAAAAACACUUGCACCCUCCCCUAAUAUUUUGAAAUUAAAAAAAUUUUCAAACAAAAAAGUGUACUUAGAAGUGAGGAGUGUAUUUAGGAAUCAGAGGUACAGGGUACGGCAUUCAGGGGGCCCAGAGGUUGCUGGGAGAUUGAGGAGUACACACCUACAGGCCAAGUAAGAUGGACCCAAGGGUGCUAGGGGCUUAGGAGGGUGCACCUGUUGGCCAGGUGCAUUGACAUGAAAAUGCCGGUGUAGGAAAGCUGCCAAACGGAGCAGGCUGAGCCAGGACACAGCAGUGCUAGGGCUGGGGGGCAGGGUAGAGACCUUGGGCUGGGAAACCUCUAGAGUGAGCAGUCCGAAGAUGUCCGCCCCUCCCACAUCGGGUCUCCACCCUUGCUCCACCCAAGACCCGGGGUAAAUCAAAUAGAGGGGAAGGCACACAGGCAUCAGGAGCGCAGGCAUGAUGAUCACGGCCUUGGCAGGGCUGCUGUUCCCGCUGCUGGUGCUGGCACUAGCGUGGUGGGGUUGGGGUGCGCGCCGGGCUCAGAUGGGGGGCGCUCUACCUCCCGGGCCCAGGCCUCUCCCGUUGCUGGGGAACUUGCUGCAGCUGCAGUCCGGACGCCUGGACCGUGCGCUCAUGGAGCUCUCCCGCCGCUGGGGCUCGGUGUUCACCGUGCGACUGGGCCCGCGCCCGGCAGUGGUGCUGUGCGGCUACGCGGCGCUGCGGGACGCGCUGGUGCUGCAGGCGGACGCGUUCUCGGGCCGCGGGGCCAUGGCAGUCUUCGAACGCUUCACGCGCGGAAACGGCAUCGUGUUUUCUAACGGGCCACGCUGGCGAACCCUGCGCAGUUUUGCACUUGGAGCGCUGAAGGAGUUCGGGUUGGGCACGCGGACCAUCGAGGAGCGAGUCCUGGAGGAGGCGACUUGUCUGCUUAGAGAAGUUCAAGCCACCGCUGGAACCCCGUUCGACCCCCGGCGGCUACUGGAUAACGCUGUAUCCAAUGUUAUCUGUUCUGUGGUCUUCGGAAAACGCUAUGGCUACGGAGACCCCGAGUUCCUGAGGCUCCUGGACCUCUUCAAUGACAACUUCCGCAUAAUGAGUUCCAGAUGGGGCGAGAUGUACAACAUUUUCCCCUCCCUCCUGGACUGGCUCCCGGGCCCGCAUCACCGAAUCUUCCGAAAUUUUGCGGAACUCCGGGUCUUCAUCUCUGAGCAAAUCCAGCGGCACCAGCAGACGCGGCAGCCCGGGGAGCCCCGCGAUUUCAUCGAUUGCUUCCUUGACCAGAUGGAUAAGGAACAGCAGGACCCAGACAGCCAUUUCCAGGAGGAAACGUUGGUGAUGACGACUCACAACCUUUUUUUUGGCGGCACUGAGACCACGAGCACCACUCUGCGUUACGGGCUUCUCAUUCUGCUCAAGUACCCUGAGGUGGCAGCCAAGGUGCAGGCGGAGCUGGACGCCGUGGUAGGUCAGGCGCGCGCCCCCAGACUGGAGGACCGCGUGCGCCUACCCUACACCAACUCCGUGCUGCACGAGAUCCAGCGCUUCAUCAGCGUGCUGCCGCUGGGACUGCCGCGCGCCCUCACCCGCGACGCCCACCUGCACGGCCACUUUCUGCCCAAGGGUACCUACGUGAUUCCCCUGCUUGUGUCUGCGCACCGGGACCCGACCCAAUUCAAGGACCCAGACUGCUUCAACCCCACCAACUUCCUAGACGACAAGGGCGAGUUCCAGAGCAAUGACGCUUUCAUGCCCUUUGCCCCAGGAAAGCGCAUGUGCCUGGGCGCAGGCCUGGCCCGCUCGGAAAUCUUCCUCUUCCUCACGGCCAUCCUACAGAGGUUCUGCCUGCUCCCCGUCGGGAAUCCCGCCAACAUCGACCUCACCCCGCACUACACUGGCCUGGGCAACGUCCCCCCAGCCUUCCAGCUUCGCCUAGUGGCCCGCUGAGGUCAGGCUCUGCCACCUGGGCUCACUGUCACUCACACAUCUUAACCCUCCUUGGUCAAUAAAAGCCCUGCACUGCA